GUGACAAAAAACAGCUGUUAAUCAUCUUUGUGAUUCAUGGAUCAUACAAAGCAAGAUAACACAAAUUGAGAUUGCUGCGUGACGUCGUGCUGACGCCGACUCAAGCUCCAGGAUGUUGACCCUGCAUUAACAGAGGCCACGCAGGGAACAAGCAGAGCAUGGCGCUGGUUUCGGUGCAGUAUGACUUUGAAUACACAGCAAAGGAUGGACGACUCGUCUCCAUCAAACCGAAUGAAAGCUACAUCCUGCUCUCUAAGACUAAUGAGCACUGGUGGCACGUCUGCAAAGACCAGCACACCAAACCAUUUUACGUCCCUGCACAGUAUGUAAAGGAGGUUUCAUUACAAUCUGCAGACUCUACUGGUCUAAACAAGGCAGAUCCACCUAAGUGUGACAUAAACAGUAAGCCUGUGGAUGUGGCUAUAGUAACACCAGGUAAGGCACAUAUUCAGGAGGCUUCAAGAGAGAAAUACCGCUUCUCCACUUUUGGUUUCUGUGAGAAUUUACCUGAUGUGAAACUUUGUGGGACUUUUAAGGAAGGACUGACCACAAGCAGCAGAAGCAGCUUAGCACUAAACCUGGAUGAUAAAAAGACAAAAAAUACCUCUGCAUCUACUGAUAAUGACAAACUGCAGCUGUAUGCAAAACCUCAGCAUGUGCCAAAGGCAAAAAAAAGACCAAAACAACCAGAAAGAUCUCUGCCGCAUGAUGAAAUACAACAACCACAAACCUUUCUGCAAGAUGACGACAUGGAUUUCCCUCUACCUCCAAGUUCCCCCAUAUAUGACACCAUACCAGAGAUCGUUGUACCAGAUUUUGACUCUUUUUCUGAUCUGCCUCCUCCUAUUUUAAAUGACACAUUCAUGUUGGUGCAGCAGGAUGUAGAUCAAACCGCAAACCUUGUUUCUACAAAUGCAUCUCCCACUGACCAGACUUGUAGUCCUGAGGCGUUAGCAAGGACUCAGCUGUCACUUGAGGUGGAAAAUGAAAGUCUUCGAUCAGCUGUUUACGUCAAUGUAGCACAACUCCGACAAAGCAUCUCAGAGUCUCCCCCGUCAGUCCCUCCAUCAUACUCUCCUUCUUACCUUGACCCAGAGGGAUGGGAAGUGCAUGUUGACCAGGAAAGUGGACAGGAGUACUACUAUCACCCCUCAACGGGGCGCACCACUUGGGACAACCCAUUUCUAGACUCCCCUUUAGACCCUGAGCCACCUCCUGAAGAGGAUCCUUGUUCCCCUUCACCUCCUCAGUCCCCCGCUUUUUCUCCAUCCACCGCCUCCCCUUCAGGGUGGACCUCAGAUUGGGAACAGUUGGUGGAUGAGACCAGCGGUCGCCCCUACUUCUACAACCCAAUGUCUGGGGAGACGUCCUGGGAGCCUCCGGAGCAGCUGAGCCCGUAUCCCGCUCAGAUGGAGCCCAUGAGCGUGCACAGGUUUCACGAGGAUGGGCCGCCUCCUCUACCUGAGGAGGAUUACCCCUCGGAGGAUUACCCAGCUGCAGAACAACCAGAGUCCUAUGAGCAGCUCCUUGCUACGGGCCCCCCCACCCUCCCUAAAGAGUACACCCUCAGCCACGUGAGCCGGACCAUCAUACCGAGGGCCAACCUGGACCGCAGCACCCCGGCCGGCUGGAACCUCACGGUGGAACCCAGCGGGACCUGGGUGUUCACCAGUGAACACUCUCCAGAGCAGUGGAUCAAGUCUGUGGAUGAUCGAGGGCAGACGUAUUACUAUUUGAGGGACGGCUCAAAGUCUCAGUGGAACCUGCCUGAGGCUCCCGUAGCUCCCGGCCUGUCCAGGGUGGAGAACGGUGUUGAGGUGGAAAAUGUGUCAGUCAUCAAAAACUGGAGACACACCAUGGGACCCCCACAGCUCAGCUCAGCCUCAGAUGAAGGGAGAUUUGUCCCAACUCACCGGAGGAACACGUCAGACUACAGCAGCGACAGCUCUAGCACGGGGAACUCUCCAGAGAUGCAGCACAACGUGCAGAAUUUAGAGAAAGCAGGAAUCCUCAACAAAACAAAAGUUUCAGAGAAUGGCAAGAAAGUAAGGAAGAACUGGACCCAGACGUGGACGGUUCUCCUCGGGGGAGUGCUGACGUUCCACAAAGAUCCAAAGUCUGCAGCACCCGGGGCCUCGAACAAAACCAAUCACAUUGUCCCAGAGGUGACCGUGGACCUGCGGGGAGCGACAGUUGGCUGGGCUUCGAAGGAGAAAUCCAGCAAAAAGAACGUGUUAGAGUUAAAAGGCAAAAAUGGAGUGGAGUUCCUGUUACAGUACGACACAGAGAGCAUCAUCAACGACUGGCACAAAGUCCUCAUGGACACAAUACGACAGCUGGAGUAUCAGGACCACCAUUCAGACGAAGAGGACAGUGAUCUGUAUGAGAAGAUCGCCAUCACGGAGCGAGAUGACAAAGUCACGGGAGGCAUUGACAAGCGAAGACCUUCCAGGCCGAGUGUCACUCACUCGUCCAGCGCUGCAGGAGAUAACGAUCAGAAGAGAGUACGCACUAAGCUGAUGAAGUUCCUCAUGAAGCGUCCCACACUGCAGUCUGUAAAGGAGAAAGGAUACAUCAGAGAAAAUGUGUUUGGCUGCCAUCUGGCCACUCUGUGUGCUCAGGAGAGAACCACAGUUCCCAGUUUUGUAGAAAAAUGCAUCAAAGCAGUGGAGAGAAGAGGUUUAGACAUCGAUGGACUUUACAGAGUCAGCGGGAACCUUGCUGUCAUUCAGAAACUGCGCUACAAAGCAGACCAUGAGGAGCUGGACCUGGAGGAUGGACAGUGGGAGGACGUUCACGUCAUCACCGGAGCUCUGAAGCUAUUUUUCCGAGAGCUUCCUGAACCACUUUUCCCCUUCAGUCACUUUAAUGACUUCAUUACAGCCAUCAGGAUUCCUGAUUACAACACAAAGCUGGACUGCAUGUAUGAACUGGUCAAGACGCUUCCUCCUUCAAAUCAUGACACCAUGAAGCUCCUGUUCGGACAUCUACGCAGGGUGAUUCAGUACGGCGAUGACAAUCGUAUGACUGUGCAGAAUGUGGCGAUCGUUUUCGGUCCGACUCUGCUUCGCCCGGAGAUGGAGUCGUCCAACAUCGCCAUGCACAUGGUCUUCCAGAACCAGAUCGUGGAGUUCAUCCUGAAUGAAUAUGAGCAUAUCUUCUACUCCAGCUAAAGCCUCCACUGCAGACCUGGGAAAGACAUCUAAAUGUGCUUAAUUUCAAAUCUGCAUUAACAUAAAAGCUUCUGUACAACAUCUUAAACAAAACUCCCCUUGUAAAUACACUCAUGGUUGCUUGAUUAGUUGUAUCUGUUCAUCUGCUCAUUAAUGCAAACAUCUAAUCGGCCAGUCACAUUGCAGCAGCCAGUGCAUUCAGGCAUGUACUGUGGACAUGGUCAAGAGGAUGUGCUGAGGUUCAAACUGGACAUAAGAAUUGGAAAGAGAGGUGAUUUAAGUGUCUUUGAGGGUGCCAUGGUUGUAGGUUUGGUAUGCUUUCACAUUUUUUCAUCCAAAUUCUGGCCCAUGCAAUUUGAACCAAGACUCAUCAGACCAGACUAUGUUUUUUUCUACCAUGGAUUGUCCAACGUUAAUCAGCCAGUGUGAACUUUAGCCUCAGUUUUGAUCUAACAUGUGACACCUGGUGGGUCUUCUGCGACUCAAGCCUGCCUGCUUCAAGGUUUCUGCCACGUGAUUGGCUGAUUAGAUAUUUGCAUUUAUGAGCAAUUGAAAAGGUAUAGCUAAUAAAGUGGUGGUUGAGUUAAAGGGCUCUUUCAGUUUUGUCAGAAUAUCUGAGGUCAAAAUUAGAUAAAGGGAUCUUCAAAUGGAGAGCAUUUGAAGCGUCUUUAACCACUCUUUUUACUCCAUAAGAGGCUAACACGUUUAGAGCUAUCUUCAGCAGUAUUGUUGGAUUAGAAAAUGAUCUUUGAACAGGUAUAGUUUAACCUCCCAUCACGGACUCCAAAAGUCUUAAUGUCACAAGUCACUUUCUGCAGAUUUUUGUUUCUUUCUGGUUUCUCAGUGAUAACAGAACCCAAGUCAACCCUGGACUGCAUCAAUCCUCCUUUUAUGAAAUGAUAAAUGUAGCUUCCAUCUUUAUUUUAGAAGGUUUGAUGACAUUUAAAAGUUUUUUUUAAUUUGCAGUUUGAGUAUAUCACAUGCCAACAACUGAGAUUGUAUUCUAAUAUUGUUUUUCUUGUUCUGAAGUCUCAUUUUUACCUGUGAAUUUUAUUGUAAUAUAGAAAUGUAUAAAAAGAAAUAUUAAUACAAACUUCUGGCUGUGAAGUAGAUGUUGACAUAGAAUACUUAGGCAAUAAAUCAUGCUUUAUGUGAAGAAACUGUACAAUAACUCCUUACAAAUAUAAACUAGUCAUACAUACUUUGACAGUUAAAUAAAAGUUACAAUGAGAGUGGAGAAGUGGAUUAUAGAGAGAUUUAUAAUCUGUAAAUAGAAAUAGAUGGCAUAUUUAUGCUAAAAGUUGUUGAAAAUGCACAAGUUAUUCCAUAAUAAAAGUAACUUUGUACA